GGAUUUAUGUUUUGGGACGAAUCCACGUCACCAAAAAUAUACUUCUUGUUUUGAGCCAUUUUUUAGCAGAUAGUUUUAUUUGUAAAUGAAAAUAACUAGUAGUAUUUACUAAAAUUAAUCGUUCAAUAAGCUUUAUUAGCAUUUUCGUAGUUUUAUUGUUUUCCAUCGCAAAAAGAAAAGGAAAAAAAAGAAAGGACAGGAAGAAAGAGGUUCGAGAAACCCCCAGAGUAGGGCUUGGAACCAACUAAACCCGGAGAGAUAGAGUCGAAAUCAGAGUAAAAUUGGAGCUCAACGACGAUAGCACAAACAACGAAAGAGAGAGAGAGAGAGAGAGAGAGAGAGAGAGAGAGAGAGAGAGAGAGAGUAUGGAGGAGGAGGAGGAGGAGGCCAUAGGCUCUUCAGCUAAUCCGCUUUUGGUCUUCAAAUCAUCUUCUCCAAGCCCUACCCCUGCUGCUAGUUCUGCAUGGGCAUCAUCCCCUGCUGUGCCAGUGAAUGCUGGAAGUAUAGACUGGUUGGAUCAUGGACAAGGGUCCAAAGCAGGUUCUCUAUCUCGCAUUGGUUCGCAGAACCUUCGGACUUUGCUGAGCACAAGUGCUGGUGGUUCUGACCUUGGAUCAUCACAGCCUUCAUGCAGACCGUGGGAAAGGGGGGAUUUACUGAGACGUCUUUCUACUUUCAAGCCUGCAAAUUGGUGUGGGAAGCCAAAGGCUGCAAGUUCGUUGAAUUGUGCUAGAAGAGGCUGGGUAAAUUUUGCUGUUGAUAAGAUUGAGUGUGAAUCAUGUGGUGCAAACCUGCAGUUUGUUUUAUCAGCUUCCUGGACACCUACAGAAGGUGAAGGUGCUGCAGAAGACUUUGCCAAGCAGCUAGAUGCAGCGCACAAAGUCAGUUGUCCUUGGAGAGGAAAUAGCGGCGCAGAAAGCUUGGAUUCUUAUUUUAUAUCAUCAGGACAUGCUGAUUUGCUUACACGACGAUACGAGGAACUGGGUAUAGAACCCGAAGACUUCGUGGGCCAGGAUAUGUACUUUGGGUCCUUUCUAAAGUGUUGUGAGUUUGAAAGGACUUCCUUUAUUGACUCUAUAGUACGGAGUAGGGUUACAGUUACUCAGGAUAGGGAUAAAGUCAACGUGAGAGCAAUAGUGAGGUGUAGUUGGCUGGCUCCCCCUGUGGACUUUGUUCAACUAUGCACCGAUGCAGCAUAUGUGAAGGCGACGGGGUUGGGGGGAGGAGGAGGAGUCCUUAGGGACCACACAGGGCGUGUCCUUGAACUUUUUAGUCUGGAGUUCUCGGGACUCUUGAGCGUAGAGGAGGCAGAGUUUCGAGCCUUUCAGUAUGGCCUCUCGUUCGUUGCCAAGUACAGUUUCAGGAGGAUUGUAAUAGCUUCUGACUGUCUCAAGCUUGUGCAGGCCCUUCAAGGCCACUUGUCGGUGCCAGAGAUUGACGGUGCUCCGAGGGAAUUGGACUUUGCUUCGCUUGAGGACUACACUGUAGUCCAUAUGCCCAGAGAUGCCAACGAAGCUGCUCAUAUUUUGGCGAAAUGUGGUUUGGACUUGCACGGUUUAGGGGCUCUGGCGCGUGAGAGUAGGAAAAGAUAUUCGUUCAGACAGGCUAGACAGAUCUGCAGAAAGGAUGCUACGAAUUUUGCCCAUUUUAGGGUUUAUUUUGUUGAUGAAGAGGAGGCAAGAAAUGGCCGUUCAGUCAAGACUUGUCCAGCGAGUUCGUCUCAAGUGGUGCAUCCUCGCUCGUCCUUGGUGCAGCAACGGAAUUAUCACUCAAGGAGCGGGAAGGUCGACUCUUUCAGUGCUGGAAAUGAUUUGUCUGCAGAGUCUUGUCGGCGUGGGCAUGAAAUAACUGUUAAUAUGGCUUUGCUUGUCAACUCUGAUCAGGGAAAUAAUGGGCUGCCUCCCUUUACUUCAUUUGAUGCUACUGGUUUACCUUCAGAGCUGCUUAGGGAGGUACGCCAUGCUGGGUUCUCUGCAUCUACCCCUAUACAGGUGCAAUCAUGGCCGAUUGCUCUUCAAGAUCUUGACAUUGUAACUGUUGCCAAGCCAGGUUCGGGUAAAACCUUGGGUUACUUGUUUCCAGGAUCUAUUCAUCCCAGUCGCUGGCGUAAUAAUCCUCAGAUGGGUCCAAGUGUUUUGGUUUUGUCGCCAACAAGAGAGUUGGCCACACAGAUUCAGGAUGAAGCUGUGCAGUUUGGGAAGUCAUCACAAAUAUCUUGCACUAUAGGAAUCAUUACUGGCGGUGGUUAUUGGUAUUCGUGGCCAACUUAUCCUGUACAAAAAACCCCUAUUUUAUCCUCCAUGAAGAAUUCUUGUUAUUCCCCAAGUUGGGAUGUUCAAGUGAACAAGCAAAUGAAAACAAUGGAGCAGGGUUUGCCCAAAUUUCUUUCAAGGGAGAAGCUUGCGUACAUUGCAAUGUUGAUCAAGAGGGGGUUUAGAAGAGCUUCAUUCUUGUAGGUGGCGUUUUUGGAGGUAUCGCUAUUAUUUUUUAUGAGCACUUCAAUGCCGGUCUCUUUUGGCCAUAUUCAUUGCAAAAUUUCAUUCCAUGGUUCCGAGAUGCAAUCAGAGCAAACAUUAUUGCAGAGCUAGUCCUAAGUGGACUGUUUUUCCUUCUUUUCCGCGGUGUUGUACGAAGACCUUAGAUUAGUAGCCUGGGGACUAAAAAUAGAAUUGACAUUCCCAUUUAGAAUGAAGUUGUGGUCAUCAGCAACUCUUGCUUCGACAUUUUUAAUCUACCUAUGUAUGGGAUUGUUUGGCUAUUGGUUAUUCGCUCAUCAUGGAGGUUAUUCUAAUUGCUGGACCGGUGUUCAAGCUGUUUGAUA